CGACGGAGUGUCACGAAGCGUAGCUGAAUGUGGGUGCUGUCGGGUUUCUUUCUGUAGUCAUGGAUGUAUCAUACUUUUACGAACCAGCACUAUUAACAGGAACAGUUUUGUUAAUAUUCAGCUUUUGGCUCAUCCUCAUCUUCGUUCACGGAAUCGUUAAAUACCUCGUCUGGUUCCACAGACUGAUGAUAAACCACUUACAAAACAAACGAAAACAAGAUUCUUACGAGAAUUCUACUACCUGUAUAGAACGUGCAGGUAGCAAGAAGCAUGUUUGUUUUACUAAAAGCGCAAGUACAGACUCCAAAAGCUUCUAUGGCACCAAUACAGACUCUAAAAGCUUCUAUGGCACCAAUACAGACUUUAAAGGCUUCUAUGGCAAUCCAGAGGAUGAACUGAGAUCCGUUCGCUGUGAAAGUGUUGGUGUUGCUAUUACGUUUUCUACCGAAGAUGAGCAUCUGCAGUCUUUAUGUCUUAAUACAAAUCAAACACUUGCUCACAAAAUAUGGCGACGAAGGCGGGGAAAAUGUCUUGAAAAAAGCCAUACACCAAAUACCCACGAAAAUGUCUCCAAAAGUGACGAUUCUAUAGGAGAUGAGGAACGUUUUGUGGAUGGAAUCGAUGUUCAAGUACAUACAGAAGAAUCAAAAACCACUUUAGACCACUCCAGCUUUAUAUUUUAUAACAUUUCCUGUCAUGAUGAUUAUGGAAGAGAAUUGAUACUACAAAUCAAGACAAACGAAAGACAAAUAACAAAAAUGAAAGCCAGUAGACACAGGCGUCAGAAACUUAGAGACAGGAUCGAAAACCGUUGUAGAACGUUUGGAAUGGAGAAAAGAACAGAACUAUCUAACGGAAAUACAUGUAUAUAAAACAUUUUGCCAUAGUCUAUUUAAAUACUGAGAGGCAUAAAUAAUGCAAUGGGCA